GACGGACUCAGGGCUGGCGACGGUGCGGAAGCCGUUCGGUGCCCCUGGCCUGUCCCUCGCACCUGCCCGAGCCCGGCACCCUCGGGCUCACCUGACCCCUGGCGUCCCCAUCCCCAUCCUGGCUGCCGAAGCCCAAGCGGGACUCCACGGGCCUGGAGCGCAGUGAGGUCUAAUAUGCCCAGAGCCAAGGCGCGAUGAAGGAGAAGUCCAAAAAUGCGGCCAAAACCAGGAGGGAGAAGGAAAAUGGCGAGUUUUACGAGCUGGCCAAGCUGCUCCCGCUGCCUUCGGCCAUCACUUCGCAGCUGGACAAGGCAUCCAUCAUCCGACUCACCACUAGCUACCUGAAGAUGCGCGCAGUCUUCCCCGAAGGUCUAGGAGACGCGUGGGGACAGCCGAGCAGAACAGGGCCUCUGGACAGCGUGGCCAAAGAGCUGGGAUCCCAUUUGCUGCAGACUCUGGAUGGAUUUGUUUUUGUGGUGGCCUCUGAUGGCAAAAUCAUGUAUAUAUCUGAGACGGCUUCUGUCCACUUAGGCUUGUCCCAGGUGGAGCUCACAGGCAACAGUAUUUAUGAGUACGUUCACCCUUCGGACCAUGACGAGAUGACAGCGGUCCUGACGGCCCACCCGCCACUGCACCAUCAUCUGCUCCAAGAGUACGAGAUAGAGAGGUCUUUCUUUCUUCGAAUGAAGUGCGUCUUGGCAAAGAGAAACGCCGGCCUGACGUGCAGUGGAUACAAGGUCAUCCACUGCAGUGGCUACUUGAAGAUCAGGCAGUACAUGCUGGACAUGUCCCUGUACGACUCCUGUUACCAGAUUGUGGGGCUGGUGGCCGUGGGCCAGUCGCUGCCGCCCAGCGCCAUCACGGAGAUCAAGCUACACAGCAACAUGUUCAUGUUCAGGGCCAGCCUCGACCUGAAACUCAUCUUCCUGGAUUCCAGGGUGACGGAGCUUACGGGCUAUGAGCCGCAAGACCUGAUUGAAAAGACACUGUACCAUCAUGUGCACGGCUGUGACACCUUCCACCUCCGCUAUGCCCACCACCUCCUUCUAGUGAAGGGCCAGGUCACCACCAAGUACUACCGGCUGCUGUCCAAGCUGGGCGGCUGGGUGUGGGUGCAGAGCUACGCCACCGUGGUGCACAACAGCCGCUCCUCCAGGCCCCACUGCAUCGUGAGUGUCAAUUAUGUCCUCACAGAUAUCGAAUACAAGGAACUUCAGCUGUCUCUGGACCAGGUAGCCACUUCUAAGUCUCAGGACUCCUGGAGAACCGCCUUGUCUACCUCACAAGAACCUAGAAAAUCAGCUAAACCCAAAAACACGAAGAUGAAGACAAAGCUGAGGACGAACCCAUACCCUCCACAGCAGUACAGCUCGUUCCAAAUGGACAAACUGGAAUGCAGCCAGGUGGGAAACUGGAGACCUAGUCCCCACACUAAUGCCCCAGCUCCUCCAGAACAGCAGCUCCAUUCAGAAGGCAGCGACCUUUUGUACGGGCCGCCCUAUGGCCUCCCCUUCUCCUACCAUUAUGGACACUUCCCUUUGGACUCUCACGUCUUCAGCAGCAAGAAGCCAGGACUGCCCGCCAAGUUCGGGCAGCCCCAAGGAUCCCCGUGUGAGGUGGCACGCUUUUUCCUGAGCACGCUGCCAGCCAGCAGCGAGUGCCAAUGGCAUUGUGCCAACCCCCUAGUGCCCAGCAGCCCAUCGCCAGCUAAAAACCUUUCUGAGCCUCCUGUGACUGCUGCCCGGCAUGGACUUGUGCCAAACUAUGAAGCGCCCGCCGCCGCUGCUGCGCGCAGGUUCGGCGAGGACCCCGCGCCCCCAAGCUUCCCGAGCUGCGGCCACUACUGCGAGGAGCCGGCGCUGGGCCCCGCUAAGGCGACACGCCAGGCGUCCCGGGACGGAGCCCGGCUGGCGCUGGCCCGAGCGCCCCCGGAGUGCUGCGCGCAGCCCGCUCCCGAGCCGCAGGCGCCGGCGCAGCUGCCCUUCGUGCUGCUCAACUACCACCGGGUGCUGGCGCGCCGCGGGCCGCUGGGGGGCGCUGCGCCCGGCCUGGCCUGCGGCCCCGGAGCCCCCGAGGUUGCCAGCCCACUGCGACCCCGACACCCCGGCCCUGUUGCCGCCUCUGCGCCCAGUGCGUCCCGGCCGCACUAUCUAGGCGCUUCGGUCAUCAUCACCAACGGCAGGUGACCCGCCAGGGCCGGUCUCACUCGGCAGGGCGGCCCGCAGGGAGAAGCCAUAGGCCAGGUCUUCUCUGGUUCCUUUUUUUUUUUUUAAACUCCCCCCACAUCCUUGCCCCCAGGUCCAGCUGAUGGAGGGGCGAACUGUAUAUGCACGAUAUAAAUUAAUUUAUACAGAGACAACUAUUUUAAUAGAACUCCGCAGCCGACUUUUAGAUUUUUACCGUAGGCAUAGAGGAUUGGAUCGCAGUUGGAGGAUGGGAAAAGGGACCGCCUAUCCUUGUCGCCAAGGGCCAGUUUUCAGGGGGGCCAGAUUCCAGAGUCCUGAUGCCAACCUGUGACCCUAAACUACCCAGUUUCCUGGGAUCUUUGUUUCCUCACCAUUAAGUCAAGCAAGCCGAGGCCCCACAAUGGGAAUUCAAGGCAUUGCACGCAGUUUGGAGGAAGGAUGCCACUUUAAGGAG